AACAGAAGGCCCCACAACCGAUAUGAAGCCAAACGACAACAAAUUCAAAGCUCAUUAACAACGAAGGCCAGACUUAAAAAACAGUACUUCAAACUAUUGGAGAAGGAAGGAUUAAAGGUACCAGAGAGAAAGAAAGAUGUGUUUUCAAACAACAAGAGCUUAAAUAGUGGCAAGGAAAAAACAAAAGGGACGAAAAACAUGCAGCAGGAGAAGCAGCGGGAGAAGCUGGAGCAGCAGCAGCAGCAGCAGAAGGAGAAGCAGCAUCAAAGAAAAGCCAGAGCAGAGACUCGCAGAAAAAACAAGAAGGCUGUUGGAAAGAAGACGUCUCGGGGACAGCCGUUGAUGGCUCCCAGAAUCAGCUGUCUCUUGGAGAAGAUAGAG